UUUCUCAUUACUUUUUUUUCCACAAAAAAAACAAUCCAAAGAUCAAAGCUUGAUGGGUGUUUUAUCAAAUUUUAGAGGAUCAAGAGCUGCCCAUAAUGCAGAAGAAGGAGAAGAAUUGCCCCCUCUUGCAAAUGGGUCGUCUUCUUCUUCUUCUUCUUCAGUACCGAAGAGGAAAUGGUCAAACUGGAUGCCUUUUUUCGUGGCUCUUGUGGUUAUAGCAGAGAUCGCCUUCUUGGGUCGUCUUGACAUGGCCAAAAACGCAGCUAUGUUCGAUUCUUUGGCUGAUCUUUUUCACAAAUCAUCUCCCGCUGCAACUGAAUUCGAGAUGAUUGGUGACGGUGACUUGGUGAUUGAAAAGCCUCAUGAGCCGCUUGUGGAGGCGGAUGAGACUUGUGAAGAGUGGUUGGAGAAACAGGAUGCUGUAAAUUAUUCAAGGGAUUUUGAGAAAGAUCCUGUCCUGGUUUCUGGCGCUGAUAAGGAGUGGGAAACUUGUGGUGUGGGGUGCAAGUUUGGAUAUAGUCAUGGUAAGAAUCCUGAUGCUGCAUUUGGCAUGCCUCAAGGAACUGGAACAGCUAGUGUGCUACGUUCAAUGGAAUCAGCUCAGUACUAUUCAGAGAAUAAUCUCGCUCAAGCACGACGUAGGGGAUAUAAGAUCGUAAUGACGACUAGUCUGUCAUCAGAUGUUCCUGUUGGAUAUUUUUCCUGGGCUGAGUAUGAUAUUAUGGCUCCAGUCCAGCCAAAAAAUGAGAGUGCCCUCGCAGCUGCUUUCAUUUCCAAUUGCGGUGCUCGCAACUUUCGUUUGCAAGCUCUUGAAGCACUUGAAAAGGCAAAUAUCAAGAUAGAUUCUUAUGGUGGUUGCCAUCGUAACCACGAUGGAAGAGUGGACAAAGUGGAAACUCUGAAGCGCUAUAAAUUUAGCUUGGCUUUUGAGAAUUCCAAUGAGGAGGAUUAUGUCACUGAAAAAUUCUUCCAGUCUCUUGUUGCUGGCACAAUCCCUGUGGUCAUUGGUGCACCAAAUAUUCAAGAAUUUUCUCCUUCUCCUAAUGCAAUUCUACAUAUUCGGGAGCUUGAAGAUGCCAAGAUUGUUGCAAAGACCAUGAAAUACAUUGCAGAAAACCCUGAUGCAUUCAAUCAGUCAAUAAGUUGGAAGUAUGAGGGCCCUUCUGAUUCCUUUAAGGCACUUGUGGAUAUGGCUGCGGUACACUCAUCAUGUCGUCUUUGCAUUCACCUGGCAACAAUGAUUCGAGAGCAAGAAGAAAAAAGCCCUGAUUUCAAGAAACGCCCUUGCAAGUGCAACAGAGGCUCAGAAACUGUGCAUCAUUUGUAUGUUAGAGAAAGAGGGAGGUUUUAUAUGGAAUCCAUUUUCUUGAGGUCUGGGAGUUUGACUCUAAAAGGCUUGGAAUCAGCAGUGUUGAUGAAGUUCAAGUCUCUAAAACACAUGCCAGUUUGGAAGCAGGAAAGACCUGAAAGUAUACGAGGAGGAAAUAAACUAAAAAUUUACAGAAUAUACCCUGUUGGCUUGACGCAGAGACAAGCUUUGUACACCUUCAAAUUCCAAGGAGAUGCUGACCUAAGGAGUCACAUAGAAAGGAACCCUUGUGCAAAGUUUGAAGUCAUAUUUGUCUAGAUUGAAGUUUAUACUCUCAAGCUCGGCAGAUCAUAAACAUUUCGACAUUGCUGAAAUAUUUGCAGAAGCGAACAAGGCAAAUUCAUCUGGGUGUAUUGCUUCUGUGUAUGUAUCCUAACAUGCUUUUCACAAGAGUAUGGAACUGCUAGAUUGUAGGAAAGAGCUAGUGUCGAAAACUACCAAUUGCUUAUUUGUGGCAAGCCACUAGUGUAGUUAGUGACAGAUGAAUUCAUACAUUGAAUGUACAUGAAGUGAGAUUAAAACUUUCUUUGUUCACCAUAAACUAUUGGAAAAAAGAGCUAUUUGAGUUGCUCUUGCUUUAGGAAAUCAAUGAUGCCUAAUAUAAUUUUGUUAA